AUGAAAAUACUAUCACCAUACUUUCUAUGUUUGCUAGUAAUUAUAAUACAAAAUGUAUAUGCAGAUGGUACAUGCUAUUCAUCUAAUAGCGGUAGCACGGGCUCUUAUUUUAGUAUCUAUCAAACACAUAUGACAUGUUCAACUACAUGUUCGGGGUAUGCAUAUGCUAUUGUUCAAGGUAACAAUUGUUGGUGCAGUAACAACAAACCUGAUGAGGCUUCACAACUAUCCGAUGCUGCUUGCAAUUAUCAAUGCCCUGGCUACAACAAUGAAGCAUGUGGUAGUAAAACUUUAAACGCGUUUACCUAUAUUCAAUUAAAGGAUGUUGGCGUUCAAGAAACUACCGUUUGGGGAGAUGUUACGAAGUCAAGUUACGAUAUUCAAACUUCAAGUGAAGCAGAGAGUACUACAGACAUUUCAUCAUGGGUAUCAAGUGCUAUUACAUCUGCUUCUCAGGGUUAUGACUCAGAUACCCUAACAACUUCUUUGAGUCAGCAAGAAACAAGUACGGAAAGCGAAAAAAGUACUUCUGAAACUCAAAUUCCACCUCACUUAAGUACGAAGAACCAACUUAGUACCACUAACACUCGAUCAUCAGCUCAAUCUACUGCUGAGACUAAUGUUUAUCAAAGCUCAAAGACUGGGGAUCAGGUUGAUUGGAGUCAGAUUAACUGGAGUACUUACGACUGGAGUUCAAUAUUUGAGUCCGACGAAGAAUUUACAUCAACAAGUACAAAUAGCCCGUUUUCGCACGUUUUCCCUUCUACAAUUUCUAUCUCAGUCACCACCACACAUUCUAUGAAAUAUGCUAAAACAAGUACGGGUACGACAGAUUAUAGCAUAAAAAGUUCACCUUCAGUUAGUGAUGGCACCUCAGCACAAAAAACUACCUCAAGAACUGUUACUCUUCCUAGUUCGCUUCUAUUAACCACAUCUGUAGAUCAAUAUUCGUCAAUUGAUGAAAUAGCUUCCUCUCAACUUGAAGAUUCUAUGUCUACAAUUCUAGUUCUACCUUCUUCAACGUAUAUUAAUGAAUUGUCUAGUUCAACAAAGAAAUUGAUUAUCAACGAGGAUAUCAUUACGUUUACAUCGUCUUUCUUGUCCCUCCCUUCGAAUAUAGCUACUACCUCUGUACUACUAAGUAGCUCGGACACUUCAACUGAUGAAAACGUUCUCAGAGAAUCUUCAAGUAUCGCGACAAAAGAGUCUACACUAAGCUCAACUUAUACCUCUACUAGUUCUUCAACUACGUCAUCAUUUGUUUCGAAGGAUUUUGCAUCAUCUAGCUCCUUUAGUACACGGUCGUCUAUAAGUAGCUCAUCUAAGUCUUCAAAAUCGCUUGGAAGUUCUAUCGUGAAACUUCACUCACACUCUGUGUCAAAAAAGUUAUCUUCCACAGCGUUCAUAUCAUCCUCAACAAAUUUUAAAUCCUCUUCCACUAGCAGCUCAACUUCUUCUUCAUCAUCUACUUCUAAGACUACCUCUUCUGUGUCCUUUUCUGAUCAACAAAAGAAAUUAACUUCAAGCUUAUCUUCGAUCAGCUCAAAAACACAACAAUUAAGCACUAUAACGUUAUUAUCUACUGCGGUUAUUGAGUCCAUUAUUACCGAUGACAAUAAUCCAUUGCAUGUUAGAACUGUGUCUGUUACAACUGUAUAUACAAUUCCUACUGCUAUUAUUCCUCAAAACAACAAUGUUAAUGCAAAUAAUUCUAAUGGUAAAAACUCAUUUUGGCAAUCUCCUGGUAAGAUUACAGGGACAUUUGUUGUUGUUGGUAUUGUUGUAUGUGCUAUUAUUGUUGUUGCCAUUUAUCUGUUCUUAAGACCUAAAAACUCACAAGCAGACCCUGAAAAACAUCUAAGUACACUAAAAGUACCAUCUGGCCCGUUUAAUCACUAUGCUGUUGAUCCAUUUAUGACUCCGAUUAACAGGCAUAGCUAUCAAUUUUCUUCUUCUAGCUCAUCCCCAGUUGCUCCAAUGACAGAAAAACAUAGACAAAGUUCAAAUAUUAGAUCUCCAUCACAGGCUUACUUUGCUGAUGAAAAUUCUGACUCUACGAGAUACUCGCAGAUGCUUUGGGACCAACGUCUGGAUCCUCAUCAAGUAUUAAAUCAUCUGGAGUUUGAUAAUUCAAAUGCGUCUUUCGCAGAUGACGUUGAUUACUCAAGAAAAGUAAUCAGAAUUUUAGAUGAGAACUAA